AUGAUUAUAUACUCUCUUAAUGUUAGAGGAGGUGGUAAGUUUGUUAAGAGGAAGAGAGUUGGUUUCAAUAUUCAAAGAGAUUUGGUGGACAUAGCAUUCAUUCAAGAAACAAAAUUGAGGGAUUUACAGUACCAUUAUGUGAAGGAAAUGUGGGACGAUGACAUGGUUGAAUGGUCUCAUUUGGAUGCCGAUGGUGCUUCGGGAGGUAUUCUAAUCAUGUGGAGGAAAGACUUCUUUAAGCUAAUCUACAACUUUAGAGGUGGAGGCUUCUUAGAAAUAUGCGUGGAAAGGGAGAAUAGAAGGAUCUAUUUUGUCAACAUAUAUGCUUCUUGUGAUCAUAAAGUGAGAUUGAAAUCUUGGAGGAGGUUAGUGGAGUUAAAGAGGAGGAGUAAUGCGGGGUCUUGGUGCAUAGGAGGGGACUUUAAUCUAAUAACAUCUUUGGAUGAGAGAGUUGGUGAAAGGGAUGUUUCGGAUCAUGCUCCUAUAUGGAUCAAAUAUAAUAAAAGAAAUUGGGGGCCUAAAACUUUUAGGUUCAACAAUCUUUGGUUUAAUCACAAUUAUUUUAGUGCCUUUGUGGAGGAGGAAUGGAAGAAGAUAGUGGUGAAGGGAAGAGGAGACUAUUGUUUGGUAGAGAAAUUGAAAGCUCUAAAAGGCAAAAUUGUCAAGUGGAAUAAAGAGAUUUAUGGGUGGAUAGACCUUAACAUUGAAGAGGCGGAAAAAGAGAUGCAUUUUUUUGAUAACAAGUUUGCUCAUUUUGCAGGUAACGUUUCGGAGGAGGUAGUGGCUAAAAGAUCUAGAGCGGCAAUUGAUUUUUGGGACAAUCUUUACAAAAAAGAAGGUUUUCUCCAUAAAAAAUCGAGGCAAUUAUGGUUAGCCGAAGGAGAUUGUAAUACGCGAUAUUUCCAUAAUUCUCUUAAAGAGAGAAGGAGCAGGAACUCUUUGUGUUCGCUUGAGUCUAGUAGCGGGAGAGUGGAAGAUGUUAGCGAAGUUAAAGAAUUUAUUUUUAAUCAUUUCAAUUGUUUUUUCAAAGAAGAUAUGGAAGGGAGGCCGAAUCUUAGUGGUUUGGAUAUGAAGAUGCUUCACGGUUUCGAGAGCUUGAAUAUUGAAAGAUCGUUCAUCGAGUUGGAAAUAAAGGAAGCAAUUUAG